GGAGCUGUUCGGAGGCGCUGCGGCAGACCCUCAGAUCGAGCAAGACGCUCAAGAAGGAUGGACAAGGGAACUGCUACAAUGCGGGGGCUCGCGGUGCUGCUGAUCCUGGCUGCGGCGGGAGGACAGGUGGCGGCUGACGACUCCAGGCUGUCAACGAAGGACUGCUUCAGGGAGGGAGGGGAAUGUAUCCCACGUAACGAGUGUGAAUCGAACGCGACCGAGCUGACCGCGUGCGAGGAGCCGGGCGCUGUGUGCUGCAAGACCUCUGCCUUCCGCAGUCCGUUGAGGGAUGACCUCCUGGGCUUUGACGCUCUCUCCAUCGAACCACGAGUUGGUAGGUGCAGCAACCGGAAGUGCAGGCGGUUUUACAGAGGCUGGUGGACGAGCACGCCUGAGAACUGUCAACCCAAAAGGCGUCUGGUUAUGAACUGUCGCUCCAAGAACAGAUGGUGCUGCGCCCCGCCGUGCUCUGAGAAGCCCUCGUGUCGCAGGAAGAAGGGUUACUGCGUCGCGAGAGAAUCCCAGUGCGAAGGCAGAGUCCAUCACAAGGGGUGCAGGGGCAAGAUGUGCUUCUGCUGUAUCCCUGAUGGAACAAGUCCUCCAUGCAGCUGCACGGAACAAAGCAUCUCGGUCUGUAGCCCGCUGGGAUCCGUCAGUGUUCCCGCCGACGGCUGCCUGAGCGUGCACAGCCCCAGAUACCCGCUUGCGUACUUUGACGACCUCUCUUGCGCACUGAGCGUCACUACGAAUUCAAGAUGUCAACUCGUCGUAGAUUUCUGUGACGUAGCUCUUGAGAAGUGUACGUUCGACACGCUGCGGAUCGACGGAGGAAACGCAAGCGGAGUCGCCUGCGGCUACAUGGACCCUGCCCCAGUGGCUUCCUCGGGCAGCAGCCUCACCUUCACCUUCUCGACAGACAGCAACCAGCGCGGCCGAGGAUUCCGCUUGGCAGUGGCUUCAGUCUGCUCUCCUACAACUACAACAACUACAACCACGACAACAACAACUUCAACCACAACUUCAACUACAACUGCAACUCCCAUCAUUUACUGCUUUCCUGCAAACACUUACGAAAUGUGCCAGUGUGAAUACAUCAACACAACUGUCGGUGAAAUAGUCUCCCCGAAUUACCCGAACCAGUAUGGCAACUACCAUGACUGCUGGAUGCGGAUCGUGGUUCCAGAGGGCUAUAUCCUCACGUUCACUUACUUGCUGUUUGAUUUAGAGAUAGGAAGUUCCUGUCGUUAUGACAGCUUCAAAAUCUACGACACUGAUUCUGCGGAUGGGCCUAAAUUCUGCGGUACCAACACCCCGACUUUCACUGUCUCUUCGACCAACGACGUGACCUUAGUCUUCAAGACAGAUUCGACCGUCCUUGGCGAUGGGUUUCGAAUUGCCUUUGAAAGCGCGCCAGUCUAAUCGGAACGAUCCGAGAAACAUGACGGACUCACUGAGGCUGACUUCGCGCAACACAGAACAACGGCAGAACACGCAUUGAAUCUUUUCUGACGAAGUGACGAAAAAACAACAACUAAAGCUCAGUCAUGAAACAGAGUGCAUCAAACAUUGACAAAGGUUUUAUCCAGUAAUUUUCCGCUCAUUGCAAAAUUAUGAUUCGAAAUCAAGUGGAAGUUCAACAGAUUUUAUUUCCUUUUUCUAUGACUUUUCAAAAAUGUCGUUCCUGACGUCGUUGUUGACAUGGAGAUGAUAUCAUGUGCAAGUAGAGAAAUAUUAACAAUAUCAUUAGACUGUGAUUUUGAUGACAAUAACAAUAACAAUUGUCACGAUAAUAAUGAUAACAAGAAUGGCGAUGCUACAUAUGCUUCCAUUAUGAACAGAUUAAUAAUACCUAUAAAUUAAAUUAAUUAUGAUGAAGAAAGUGCCGAUGGAAAAAAAGAUGACGAUGCAAAUUACAAAUCAAAUUACGAUGAUGGUAAUAAUCACAGGAAAGCAGUUUCGGUCCCAUACAUGUCAAAGGUAACAUGAGAUUCGACUAACAUAGCACGGAGGAAGUUUAUGCAGGGAAACAAGUAUCAAAAACUUCCAUAGAAUGACAAUGAAAUCCACAAAGAGAAAGGGAAAAUUAAAAUAUAGCAU